UGGAGCUGUAGAUAGGUUUUUUAAGUUGGGUAGGCUUAAUUAAUAUCUUAAAUUUCUUAGACUUGAUUUAAUAGAAAGAUUCUGUGUUACUCUUUUUGAUGCUGGUUUGAUUCGUUAAUUUCAGGUUCCUUAGCUUUUAUAUAACUAGCAAAUUCAUAAUCUCUAUAUAAACUUCUCAACAGAUUCCUCAGAAUAUAUCCUUUCUGCUUUUUGCUUCGUUUUUGAGAUGUUUCUUAGGUUAUCAUUUUUUUGGUUCCUUUGAACAAUAAUCAAGUGGCUCAAUUUGUUAUGGAAAUAGAUCCCUGGUCAGUUUAUUUUUUAAAGACUAACAGGACUCAUGCUCCCUGGCUUAUCGGAGUAUUCUAAUUAUUAAUAAGAGGAAGGCCCAUAUUUUUCCAAAAUACUAAUUUUUAUAUUUGAAAAAGUGCUAACCCAAGAAAAAUGAGUUCAAUAAUUAAAGAUUUUAAAGAUUCUUCUUCAUACGGCUUCAUUUUUAAUAAUUAUAUACCUAAGACCUUUGAGGAUUUCAAGAUCAAAGACCAGAUUGAGAAUGAUUUAUGCAUCAAAUUUUAAAAUCCUAGUAAUAUCUGUAACAAAUUCUGAACCAAAAACUUCAAAAAUUUACUCUCUUAAUCUCUAAUAAAAACUAUUCACCUUUAUCCUCCUCCAGUCUUGACUAAAAAAUCCACACUAUAGUAAACCCCAAGAGAGAAAUUACACAACCUGCUGACCACACUAAAACCUUCCCAUUCUCCCCUCUCCAAGCCCCUUAGUCCUUCCUAACAACACAUCACCUCCUUCCCAACCUCCAAUCCAUUACUCCACUCCUAUCAACCCCCUCUAUCCCCAUUUCCCACCCAUUCCUUAACAACCCCUCCACCCCUUAGCCAUCCCUACUACUUCUCCUCCCAAAUUCCCUCCUUUAAACCCAAUUUUUCCUCCAAAGUCCUUCUGAGCCCACUCAGAAUCCUAUUUCUGGCCCAGUCUUUUAAUAAUUACUCUGGUUAUUGCUCGAGGGCAAGCUGGGGUUUUGGGCGUUAUAGUAGAGAUUUGUAUGGGGGAUGGUGGAUGGCUGGUUGGGGAUGGGGGUUGGGUGGAGAGGAGUGGGGGUUGAUGUGAGGGCUGUUUUGGUGAAGAAGGAAGGUUUGUGGAGGGGGUUUUGGGGAAGAUUUUUAAUAUGAGCAGAAUUUGGAUUAGAAAGUAAUGAUUAUGAUUUAGUCUUAUUAUCUGGGUAAAAAGUUAUAAUUUUUCUGUCAAAGAUUUUAGAAUUCAAACCUCAUAAAUACUUGAAACCAACAACUUGGCUUAACUAAAUUGAGCUGAAUU